AUGGAAGCACUUACGCUGAAGCAGCGCACUCCGGUCGAAAGCCCAGACGUUGAAAACUGGGACGAUGAUGACUUUGAAAAUCUCGAGGAUGUCCACUUCCGGACCGCUUCAACUGCAACGUCCGUCAUCUCCCAUCCCCAGGCACACCGUCGAGAUUCAGUCUCGUCGCGCAUGUCAAUGCGAUCCGAAUCGAACCAGGGAGACGAAAAUUGGGAUGUACUAGUCGAUGAACAAGCCUCGAUCAAAGAUGCGAUAGCCCUCGCGAAGAGCAAAGGAAUACCAUUACCGACCAAUAUACCGCGUUCUGCACUGGAGGGGGGGACGAUACGGCGGCUGAAAGGCAAAGAGAUCAAAAAGGCAAUUGCGGACGACUGGUCGGAAGAUCUGGAUUUACCUGGCACUGAUAUUUCUCUCAAGCUCGCCAAACACGAUGACCGUGAUUUGUCGGAGAGUCUGCGACAGAUCAGUGCAGCGUUCCGAACGUCACCCAAAACCCCGGAAGCGAAAGACAUGUUCGAUCAAACCAUUCGAUCACCUAAGUCCCGCUCGGCAGCAGUGCCUAUUACCCUGGAUGCAUUUCGCGAUACGGAUGAGGAUGCAGGUUUUGCGGAUGUUCCGACCAUAAAGGUCGCAAAGCACAGGUCACCCCAAAAGCCUCUACUCUUCCGACAACCUCCUACUCCGGUGAAGCCAGAGACUGAAAACAUCGAAGACGACCUCGAAUUGCCUUCGGAUGGACAACUGCGCCUGUCCAUGAGGAAGCCCCCCCCUUCAACUCCGCAACAGAGUGAUGAUUUUGACCUAGAAUGGGCGGAGGGCAGCUUGGGGACGAGGAACGCUGGCACCAGAAGGGGAGGCCGAUCUGCGCGUAGCUCGUCUACCUCGGCUCUGAGUCCCAGUGUCUCGAGUGCUUUCACCGCCGAGAGCGAAGAUGAAGGGCUCGAAGGACUCAUCCUGCCCGACGGACCAAUCCAGUUUGAGGACAAGCUCAAGCGGCGCCAGCUCGAGCAUCCAUCCGAGCCACCUCGAAGCGUUCCAGAUCACAAAGAGGAUUCCAGGAUGUCAACCGGAAAGGACGAUUUCUUUUCGGGUCUUGAGAUUGGAGAUGGAGAGGUUUUUGACGCUGCAAAGUUGACGCUGAAUCGCAAUGUUAAGCACAAGAGCGCUCGACCUGCUAGCCCGUCAAAACGGACAACAACCACGCUCAAUUUCACAACUACCAAAACUCAAGGAACAAUCUCGCGGCUCCCCAGAUUUCAACCAGCUCACGACAGGCUUGAGCGUGCUCGGUCCAAUUUGGAACCUGUCUCGGAAACCGGCGCAGCGAUUUCGUCGUAUCAACGAGCAAACUCACGACUUGGGAAUCACGCAAGUCAUUCAUCUGUCUCAGCCAUUCCGGCCCCUCAGCCUCCUUCUACUCCCUCAACCCCAAGUCGACGGCUCCUACGUGGUGCCGAAUCUCGUCCCGACCUGCGCUACGAACCACCCACAACCACCAAUGCCCAGCUCCUGCGCGCAAAGAGAUCUAUGCCCGUCAUGCGUGGCCUACCCUCGCCUACCAAACCCUCCCCGUACGUCAGACCUCCUUCGAGGCAGGAGACGGGAAGCCGACUGAACAUAGCGCCACGUCCCAAGACUCCCACGGAUCGGGCAGAUUCUCGCAUCGGGGAAGCUAGGAAAGCCGCAGUACCCUUUCUCCCCGCAGGUGCAUCCGCUGGACAGUCUCAGCAUGUCAGCAUCAAGAGUCAUUACCGUGGGCAAGGUUCCGAUGGUUCUGGCGACAGUAUGUCUGCUGCUCAACGGUCUUUGUCUCGACUAGCCGGACUGGGCAGGCCGGAGACGCCUGGCCGUGGUGUCGACUCUGCGCGCGGGCGAAGCAAUCUCACGCCAGCUGAAUUGGCGGCCCAGGCCAAGAAAUCUAUCACGAAACCUACAAGGCGACGCAAUUAUGGUGACGGGACGGAGUUGGAAAUCUUUGACGACCUGCCUACUUCGGCAACCCUUGAAUCAAAAUUCACAAAAGCGCCAGUGGGCCGUGGUGCACCACGCAGCCUUCGAAGCAAACUUGGACUGUCGCAUCUAAACCCUUCUACGUCUUCCCUCACCAGCACCAGACGCGGCAGCGAUACCCCUGUUCCCGCAACACCACUCUCGCCGGCACCUAGGGGCGAUUUCCCGACUACAGCCCUCAACACCACCAAUGUUCCUCGCUUUGCCCGCGACACGGCCGCCUCCCGGAAUGCCCGUGAACAGCGCCAAAUCUCAGGUGCUUUCCAGAACAUGCGAGGUGAACCACUGCAGCCGAUCUCGACGAAUUGGAAGUCGAACCCAUCGACUAUCCGUCCUAGCAACCAAGGAAGUCUGAGAAAAAAGAGAAGCGAAAAGGUUCAGCUGAAGCCACAUCUCAUUAAACCCAUGGGCGGUGAUUUGAACCGACCAAAGACGGAGAAAGGCAUGAACUACAACCCGCUAUUUUUUAGGUGGGAGGGCAACGAAAACGAUCUGGCGCCGUUCGACGUACCAGACUUCUACCCUCGGGGCGGCAGCCCUGGUAUUCAAGGCCGAGGGAGCCCGGGUACGAAAGCACAGGUGGCGUUGAUUUCCAACGUGGGGUCUAGCGUCACUGGCGUUCAAGUUGUAGGGGGCAUGGUGUUUGACCCAUCGCAAAUGCGAUGGCUCAAGAUCGCCGAGAAUCCAGACGGAAGCGUAUCGAGUGUUCGAGGUGGCAGUGUCCAGAUUGAAGAGGAAGAAGACGUCUUUGCCGGACUGGAAGACCUGAAAGAAGAGGACGAAACACGGAGCCGCAGCGGCACGCUCCAAAACAUAUCAAAUAUCGACCAAUCGAGGGAUUCUUUUGGUGAUGCAGAGGCUGGCCAUAGCAGUGGUGACGAAUGGGGAAUCGGUGUUAGUGAAGAGUUUGACGUGGGGCCCGAGUUCGUGAGGAGACAGAGGGGUGAAGAGGAGAGGUGGCGGCGGAAAGUGGAAAAGUGGUUGCGAAAGGGCCUAGAAGCAGAAGAGGAAGAAGGACCCGAUGGCAGAGGGGGGUGGAGGUGGGCUAUUCGUGAACUGGUAAUGGAGCAAGGUGAAGCUUAG